UCUCAUCAAUUCAUCAUUACUCUCAUUCUCGCUAAAAACCUCACACGUCAGCUCCCUCUGAACUAACGAUCCAAAGAUUAUUUUGUCCGCGACCUUUUCAAACUCCCCGGGACUCGGCAUAAUCCAACGUCUUAAAUUCAAUAUUCCACUAAGAACAUCUACAUUUGCAUCUUAAACCAAUUAGCCAUCCUCCCUCACUCUCAUCCUCUGAUUCUCCCGCAAUUUUGCUCAACCGCACGGUGCUGAUUCGUAACUGAAAUAUUAGAGUACAAGGCACUUUCUUCCUCCUUACCUCCGGUUAUCUCUGCUGAGGUAGCUGGAGUACAAGCCUCUUUCUUUUCCUUUCUCUCCGGUUCUCACAGUUCGCAAGCAUUAAGAAGAAAGAAAACGAAAAGAAAAGAAAAUAAUCGAUUAAAAGAUUCGGUUUUAUAUUAAGAAAUUUGGUUUGUUGGGUGCAACUUUUUGGUGGAUUUGUUGUAAUGGGUGCCGUAGAAAAUCCUGUGGACAAUAAAGAAUAUCGGAUACCAGGAGAGGCGAAGGAGAUUUUGAAAUCAUUGGCCUCCAAGUGGGAAGAUGUGGCUGAUGCAAGUUCGUUGCAGGUGAUCCCUUUAAAGGGUGCAAUGACCAAUGAGGUUUUCCAAAUAAAGUGGCCGACGAAGACAGAGAAUGUGUCACAUAAGGUUUUAGUUAGGAUCUACGGUGAAGGUGUGGAGGUGUUCUUUGAUCGAGAAAAUGAGAUUCAUACGUUUGAGUUCAUUUCAAAGCAAGGGCAGGGACCUCGUUUACUAGGGCGGUUCUCAAAUGGACGGAUUGAAGAGUUCAUCCAUGCACGGACUCUAUCGGCCUCUGAUCUGCGUGAUCCUGAUAUGUCUGCUCUCAUAGCAGCUAAAAUGAAGGAGUUUCAUGGUCUUGAGAUGCCAGGUCCAAAGAAUAUCUCCCUGUGGGAUAGAUUGCGAAAUUGGCUUGAAACAGCAAAGCGUUUGUGUACUCCAGAAGAAGCUAAACCCUUUCGCUUGGAUUCUAUCGAGGAGGAGAUUUCCUUGUUGGAAAAGGAACUAUCAGGAGAUCGGUCUAUAGGGUUUUGCCACAAUGAUUUACAAUAUGGCAACAUCAUGAUUGAUGAAAAGACAAGAGUGAUAACUAUAAUUGACUAUGAGUAUGCAAGUUACAACCCUAUCGCCUUUGAUAUAGCAAACCACUUCUGUGAGAUGACUGCUGACUAUCAUACAGAUACGCCCCAUAUUUUGGACUAUAGUAAAUACCCUGGUUUGGAUGAGCGUCAAAGAUUUCUCCGCGUAUAUCUGAGUUCAUCAGGUGGUCAACCUAGCGACAAUGAAGUGGAGCAGCUAAUCGAAAAUGUUGAGAAGUAUAAGCUUGCAAGCCAUCUUUUUUGGGGGUUAUGGGGGAUAAUAUCGGAACAUGUCAAUGAAAUUGACUUUGACUACAUGGAAUAUGCAAGGCAGAGGUUCGGACAGUACUGGUUAAGGAAGCCUGCUUUAUUGGGUUCUUUGGGAACCACCCCUGAUGUAGUUUCGGCUGAUGAUUAAUUUUUUGCCAAGGGAUCACCGACAUUUUUAGACCACCGUAUGCUGGAUAUGGUCCUUUCACUAGGCUGGAACAGUUUUUGUUGACUAUUUUACAUCUUAAUAAGGAAUGAAGAUGUCAGUACUGAGAAAAGCAAAGGUACGAGUGAAUUCUCAUGGCAUAAACUAGUAAAGAUUCCAGAAGUAAAUUUUGGUUAAGCGUGCAAAACUGUGAAAGUGACAGUUGAUAAGGCAAAUGUCUUUCGACUUAUUUUGAAUCUUUGAUACAUCUAGUUGCAAGUUGUGGAAAGUUGAAAAGGGUGGAGUCUUGGAGGUGGUCUGUUUUCCUGCUGCUUUUUUUUUAUUCAAUAAUUAUCUAGUGCUUGCUCAAGGAAAACUAGGUUUGCUGUACGAAUUAGCUCCAAGUAUUGCAGCCAUUUUUAGUUAGAUGACAAUAACCUCUUGCCUGUGGGCUUAGUUUCUGGAUGGAGUCGUCUUUUCAUGAAAACCGAGGACUCGACUGGUGCGUCUCCUGGGGUUGAAUCCUGCUUGCUUCCACCGUGAGGUCAUUUGGGGAAGUGGGCCUGCACCCUUUAUUAUGUAAGAUGGCCGUUAAAAUGAAAGGGCAGUCUUUCAUUCACUUGAGAGCCUGUGGAUUCUGGAUAAACUUUUGAGGUUUUUGUCAAAAUAAGAGUUUUCUUGGCACGUUUUUCA